CAAAGAUUUGGCCAAAAUUUUCAGAUUCCGCCUUAAUAUUUAGCCACAAUUUUUGGAAAACCUAAAUCUUUUUUUCCCUCUUAUCCUUCGCAGCUCAUUCUUUUCAUCCUUCUUUUCCCUCUUCUCUCCUUGGCGGCUGAUUCUUUCCCCUCCACCUUCUUCGUGGCUGAUUACUUUUUCUCUUCUCCUUCACAGCAGAGAACUCUAUAAUAAUGUCAGUCUCUCCCUCUCGCAACCGCUCAUUUAUCUCUUUCACGGUAGUUAAACACAAUCUCUAAGUAUGCAUCCACCAUGUAGGUAGACUACCCGCAAGAGGUUAUGUUGGACGAGAGGCCCAUGCCCCCUCAAGAGCUGGUGAUGUCUCCAUCCUUCAGUUGCAGAUGGAAGCUCUCUAUGCCAAUCUCUAUGACAAAUACACCAAACUCAAGGGGAAAAGAUAUCGAUGGUCACUUGGCUGCAACAAUAUUGGAGCAGCGCAUUCAUAACUUGUUGGGGACAGCACCACUGAGUUUUGAAGAUCCAAAGCACAAGGUUGCCGACUUCUUCGGACUGAAUCGAGCUCCGGUUGACCAAACAAUAGUUAAAAGACCAUGCGGGAUUAGGAUGGAUCUUCAUCUCAAAUUCCAGAUCGGGCAUGCAGAAAGGAUCUGCAUCGGUAAACUACAUCGGAUCUCCUUUCUUAACAGAAGCAACAGCGAUCCUCUUCGCCCUUCAACAUGCCAAGAGAUUGGGAAUCCGCAAAAUCUUCUUCACAUGGAGUUGUUCACUUGCUCUUGUUCCAGAUUCAUGCGAUGGCUUAAGAGUGUCUGCAAUGUCCCGCCUGCUACCUAUCGAUGCAUGCUUGAUAGGUCUCUUGUUGAGUGA